CGAGCAUUUCAAGCGACGUGCCGUCGCCUAGCAGGCAGGGCAGACAGACAGACUAUCGGAAAGCGUGGGGGUCCCAGCAACGAAUGGGGCAUAGAUAGUGCAGGAAACAGAUAGGUUGGCAUGAUAGUUGGUUGAGGCAGGUCACAACCUGAGGUGCCUGGCUUGCAAGGGCAGGCAGGUGUAAGUCGCCGCCUUCCAGCGCAGCCAGCUGGACUCUUAUCCAUCCCCCCUUUGGAAACAGCCCGGAAGCUUUCAUGCGCGCGGCAAACUCUCCAGGGAACAAGCCGCUGUCUUGGGGAGAGGGCCCACGAGUCGCGAAGCCGACGUCACAGUCCCACCGCCGCCCACCUCCAACCAUCGCGCUCCCAUCUCUCGUCGCCCUCGCUGCCAAAGGCAUGAACUACCCGCCGUCGACUUUUUUUUUCCCCCGAAGAGUAGUACAGCAGUUUUUCGCCUCCAGUGUCUCCGACUUGACUUGUCCAUCGCCGCGCCCACCGAAACCCCUGUAUCCUUCCUCUCUUUCCCCCCACACACACACGCCCACACCACUAUCCACAACACGCACACACCAACUUCGUUGUGCGCGCGCGCGCGGCCAGCACGACGCCGCAGAUUGCUUGUCCAGACCUCCCCGAGCCAUCUCCACUUCUGCGCCGCCGUUGGCCGUGCCCGCCGCUUGGCCAGGGAUAUCUCCCGAUCCCUCCAUCUCGCUCUCGCCAACCCCAGGUCACACACGCACACACACACCCCAUCUCGGCCCUCGCUAUUCGGACGCUCGCUAUUUUGGAUUUUCCCCAGUCUGCCUCGGACCCUAGUUUAAUAACGGAUCAUCCAGGGCCCCUCCUUGCUUGCCCGCACUGGAAGAGAAACCAGAAAAAAAAGAUAAGAAGAAGCAAUCCUCUCAAGCCGACGACCAUGGCGCUGGUGUCAGAAGUCGACCUCAUUAGCUCCCUCGACGACGCCCUCAUGAUAAUAUCCUCUGGCGCCCAUCACCACCACCAUCGUCACGCCGGCAAGUCCACCAGCAGCACCGCCAAGUCCCUGUCCGCCGCAGCCGCCGACCACGGGCCGCCUCCCUUGCCGGGUAGCAACAACAGCAUCCACGCCAGCACCAUGGGCGCAGUCCUGCAGCCGGUAUCAUCGGACGAGUGGUCGUCGCGCCCGCACCGCAGCUCCUCUGUCUCGUCCGCCUCGUCGGGCAGUCUGUCGGACGGCAGCAGCAGCACGGCGGCCUCGACCCCGGACGGCGACGCCAGCAGGUCAGCGCACAUCAGUCGGGCCUCCACCAUCGACUCCCUGGGCACCCCUGACAACUGUGACACAACCAUCACCGCCACGCCUACGGCGGUGGCCAACGCCAUCGCCCAGCUCGACCCCCUGGCCAGGAACUACCCGGCGCCCGCGGCGACGGACGGGCUCGACCUCGACGAGAUGCUGGCGCGCAAGCCGCAGAAGUGGACGCUCGGGCACUACUUCCACAAGUCGCGCGCAGCCGGCUACAACGACAACGGCGGCAACGCCUCGGACUCGUCGUCAUCGCCGCCUCUGGACGACAUUGCUGCCGGCCACCGCCGCAAGAGCGAGCUCGAGCGGGCCAAGAAGGAACUCCUCGUCGCUCAGGAGGAGAUCCGGCAGCUCGCUGUUGGUCGUCUGUGAAUGUGUUUGGGGAAUCAGCUUCGAAGUUGUCCUUCUGUCUGCCGUGUUUUGUUGUGUUUGUGUUUGUGAAAGAUCGGGGGUUUUUUUUUUCCUUUUUUGGAAAGGAGUUCUCACUUUUCAUUGUUUCAACAUCUCUGUCUUGUGAAACAACUAGACUAGAGGCGUCUUUUUUUUUUGUUGGAUAUACCCUAGAAGCAGGCUCAAGACAGCCGCGGCUGCGCUUGGCCGUCAUACACAAGUUUCCUUUAGAUUGUCGAGGCGCAUGGAUAAAUACAGGACAGGAGGCAAGGACGAUGAUAAAAGUCGAGCCCCGAGACAGGCUUGUUAAUAUUGCUACAUAAUCAUGCUCGGGGGCAGAGGCACCGGGUUGAGGUCAGAGGAGGGGUCUUGCUCGACUGACAACCUACGAUAUCAACACAAACAAUCACAUUCAGUAUGCGAUUUUGACUAUCUCAAGAGGCGGCAUGGCGAUACUGGUGCCUGUGCUAUCUCGUAAUAUUUAUCGCGCAUGAAUAAACUCCUUCGCCCCGAUUCCAAGGAUCCUCAACCGGAG